GUCCUAAUUUCCUGUGUCCAGUCUUGAUUCAAACAAGCUGUGUUUAUUUGUAGCCUUGGUAGCAAAACUAACAAGAGAAGUCAUCCAAUCUAGGUCUAAAAUGUCGGAUUUUGAUGAAUUCGAGAGAUUGUUGACUGAAAAUAAGAAAGAGCGGGACAAGGAGAAUCGGCAUGGGUGGCGUACCCCGUCCCGCAGUCUCAGCCGAGAGAGGAAGAAGAGGUGCCGGGAAAGGAGGAAGAGCAGGGAAAGCCGUGGCGACAGCAAGGAACGUCGUCGACACAGGCGCAGCAUACAGAAUCAAAAACAAUCCCAAGAGACUGUUGUGAGUCGCUCUCCAGCUCUGCACAGAGAGAAGAAGAAGAAAGUGAGGAAGUACUGGGAUGUCCCGGCACCAGGCUUCGAGCAUAUCACCCCCCUGCAGUACAAGGCUAUGCAGGCUGCUGGCCAGAUCCCAGCCACGGCCCUGCUGCCCACCAUGAUAACUCCAGAGGGGCUGCCCCACGCCCCCACCUCUGUACCCGUGGUGGGCAGCCAAAUGACCAGGCAGGCCAGGAGGCUCUACGUAGGCAACAUACCAUUUGGCAUCACAGAGGAAGCAAUGAUGGAUUUCUUCAAUGCCCAGAUGUGCCUUGGCGGACUCACCCAGGCCCCUGGCAACCCUGUUCUAGCUGUACAGAUAAACCAGGACAAGAACUUUGCCUUCCUCGAGUUCCGCUCGGUGGACGAGACGACCCAGGCCAUGGCCUUUGACGGCAUCAUCUUCCAGGGUCAGAGCCUGAAGAUCAGACGGCCUCACGACUACCAGCCCCUGCCCGGCAUGAGUGAGAGCCCCAGUGUCUAUGUACCAGGAGUGGUUUCGACCGUGGUGCCAGACUCAGCCCACAAACUCUUCAUCGGUGGCUUGCCAAAUUACCUUAAUGAUGAUCAGGUAAAAGAGCUAUUGACCUCCUUUGGCCCUCUGAAGGCCUUCAACCUGGUCAAAGACAGCGCCACGGCCCUCUCCAAGGGCUACGCCUUCUGUGAAUAUGUGGACGUCAAUUUGAACGACCAGGCAAUUGCAGGGUUGAAUGGGAUGCAGCUGGGGGACAAGAAGCUCCUGGUGCAGAGAGCCAGUGUUGGGGCCAAGAACGCAGCUCUGACGGGUAUGAACCAGACCCCGGUGACCCUCCAGGUGCCAGGCCUGAUGCCCACCUCCAUGGCUUCGCUGGGUGGCCUACCCACUGAGGUCCUCUGCCUGAUGAACAUGGUGGCUGUGGAGGAGCUGCUGGAUGACGAGGAGUACGAGGAGAUCGUGGAGGAUGUCCGGGAUGAGUGCGGCAAGUACGGCCAGGUGAAGAGCAUUGAAAUCCCCCGGCCAGUGGAUGGCCUGGAGGUCCCAGGCACUGGGAAGAUCUUUGUGGAGUUCAUGACGCUGUUUGACUCCCAGAAGGCCAUGCAGGCGCUAACAGGCAGGAAGUUUGCCAACAGGGUGGUGGUGACCAAGUACUGUGACCCAGACGCUUACCACCGCCGAGACUUCUGGUAGACCUGAGAACCAGACAGAGGGAGAGAAGCAGAGUUUUAUGUAAUGAUAUGAAUAUUUAUGAGCAUCACAACACUCCCAACUUGCAUUUUUUUUUAAAGAGGAGACAAAGUUUGAAUUUAGCUACUAGAGAGGCAGACUGGAAGACUUGUUACAAAGAUUAUUCCUAUAUUGUAUUAUAAGAAUGGGAGGUACAUUUUGUACAGCAAACUGGGUCUGGCCAGUGGAUAAUAUGUAUUUAUAUGGAGUAUUUAUUUAUUAAUUUAUCACUUUGAUAUAAUGAGUAUAAGAGGCCUAUUGAAGUUCAUUUAAGGCCACUUAUCAGCAGAAUUGGUCAAAUUCUGACUUUUCUCCUAUGAAUCAAGUUCAAUCACGAUUUUAACCAUUUUGUUUUAUCCAUACUCGAGCCAGGAAUUUUUUUAUGUUCUAGGCCCCCCCCCCAUUUUCAGAACAUCAACACCACUUAUUGUAAAUUCAGCACUGACUUAAGUCUGAGGGGACCUUCAAGUAUUGUGUCUUUGUGUACAUUUAACUUAGCAUCAACCGCCCUCUUUUGAUAACAAAACGCCUGAAAAUGAUGCAAUGUGACUUUCUCAGUGGGCAACCUCCAUUCCACAGAAAACAAUGAGACCUCCAAAAUGGCAACUGCAUUGAUAUGGAGACCUUACAGGCCAGUAUAUUAACAGGAAGUACCUGCUGACCCAGGCCAGAUCCAGAGCCUGUAAUAGAAGCCUCUCGAUCACGCUGAUGCUAUGACACAGCGGUGAUGAUGAAAUGCAGUUUUAUUAACCCUAUCUCAUAGGGUUGUAUGUGUUAAGUCUUUAACUGUAUUUUAGGCCUUACUGUAUGUCCAAUCAGCUACAUUAGAUUGGAUGCACUGCAUAUAUUAUUCACCCAAUCAGAGGUACUGUAACUGGAUACAUUUGGGUCGUGUUCAUUAGGGCAUACCAUAGCAAAAUGUUUUGCGACUGAAAAAAUAAAUAUGUAUUUCUUAUUGUACAAGUUCAGAUCCCUCCCUGUUUCAGUCAGUUUUCUUCAGUUUGGUGCCUAAUGAACACAACCCUGAACUCUCCCCCUCCACAGCUUCCUCUCUCGUUCUCUCUCUCGCUCUCUCUCCUCAGACAAACUGCUGUACAGCCGAGAGAGAGUUAUCACUGCCCUGCCUCAACCCUUGGUUGGUCUUGUAAAACAACAUUGACACAAUGUUAUUUAUUUCACUGUAAAAUCAUAUCUGCUGUUUUUUUUGUAGUACGUUUUGCCUCGAAGUGAUAUCUUUAGGACCAAAAAACGAUGUGGAUAUGCACGUGUGAGGCUUUCUGGAGGAUGACAUGAAUUCAGGUUCGUGACAGGCAAUAAAAUAGAAAAGUCAAGAUAAUUUGCAGGCGUGGGUGGGCUCUAUUAAAACGAUGUGAAGAGUUCAAUUACAUGGCCCUUUCUUCCACUUAUACUCCUCUUUCUUAUUCAAUUGUUUUCGAUUUUCUCUUUACAACAAAGAUCACACUUGGAAGAACCUGUCUGCUAUUAUUUUCCUUUCUAUUCCCAUCCCCAAGACUUUCCGUUGUUUCGAAUUUCAUAACGCUCUUUUAUUUUGACAGGUUUAUGUUCCAAAUGCUGUAGUUUCCUGAGGAUCUUUUAGAUGAUUUGCAUUACCAAAGCUUCUCCACGUCUGAGAUUGUUUGUUGUUUUCCGAAACAGGUUGAAUGAUUAUGUAAGAGAAUGGCUUUGACUCUGUCCAUAUACUGUCAACAGGUUAGCAGGUGAGAAUUUUUGCACUCCGUCACUUCCCUCUACAUUGUAAGGUUGUUUACAGAAGGUCUUGACUGAUCUCAUUAAAACAUAUUUAAUGUA